UUACCUUUAUUAUUAAAGCAAUAUUUGAUUCUUUUUAGAAAUUAGGAGAUAGAAUUUUAAACUAAAGGAAGGAGGAGUUGAAGUGAUGUUAGUGAAGAGAUAUGAGCUAUUACAUGUGAGUAUUGAAGAAAGUGAGUGCCUAUAUUGUAAUGUAUUAAACCAUGAGCCUGAAAAUACAGAAGGUUAGAAUUUACGGACGUAGGCGGUGUUUUUAUUGUGUUCCAAGUAUUAACCCAUUAUCUCUAAAUAUUUCAAUAACAAUAAAAACUUCGAGUUAUACGACGAAAAAGUUUCUAAACCAGUUCAUUGUAUUGCAAUUCAUGCAUCCAAACUGGCAGUGGAGUUGAUGAUCCGGAUGUAUUCGUUCAAAUUAUGGAACGGUUAUUUCAUAGAUAAAUGGACAUAUUACUUGGAACAAUUUGCGAUUAAAAUCAUCGCUCGAAAACAUAAUAAAUUGCCCAACCACGCUGUAUUUCGCAAAUAGCUAUGUAGGUGGCGGUAGUGCACAAACGUUAAACAGGAAGAAAAACUAUGCCAGCGCCUUGAUCGAGCGAAUUUGCGAACUACGGAAUAUCCGAACUAACCGUUAAAAAGUGAACCGAUGAGAAGUGAGUAGAGUGGCAUUGUGAGCUGACAGUCUAAUAAUUAUGUCAGAGGAACCCAUAAUUAUGGGAUGAGUAUACCUUACGUAAUCUCAAAACUAAGAACUGCAUGUAAUCUAUGAGUCUCAUGAAAAAUUUCCAUCAGCUGCUCUGCUACUGAUUCAAAUGCCUAGUUGCUUUGUCUCACCUGAUGAUGAGUCAAGGCAUUUCGAUCGUCAUGUGUACAUCCCGUGUGCCCUGCAGGGGCAAUCACACAUAAUCGAAAUCAAAACCCAAAUUGGGCUCCCCCACCACGCUCAGUCGCAGUAAGACGGCCUAGCUCUCUAAACGAUCGCAGGAUGUGGUUUUUGAUAGUGGGUUUAGUCUUGGUGUUGGUUUUGAUAGUGGUUUUGUGGAUUCAGGAGCUGCGCCACAGAAGGGACUUCGCCAAACAUAUCCCAUGGGUUAGACCGUACUGUCCGGUGUUGGGCAACGGGUUGCUCUUCAUCGGCAAGGACGAUUUGCAACGGUUUCGCAAUAUGCAGAAGAUGUUCGAAGGAGAUCGGGAUCUGUUUCGGUUUUACUUGGGUCCAAAAAUGGUGUUCGGUACUAACGACCCUGGAACGGCACAGCAAAUUCUAAGUGAUCCAAAUUGUAUGGAUAAGCCGUAUGUGUAUGAUUACUUUCUGGCCGGUGACGGAGUAUUUGCCGCGAAAACAAGUGUAUGGAUGAGUCAACGGAAAGCAUUGAACCCUACUUCAAACGCCAAUGUGCUUCAAGGAUACCUUCCUACCUUAUGCCGGAUCAACAGUGCCAUGAUCAAACGAUUAGAAGUCAUCCCACCUGGGAAAACAAUCAAUUUUAUGGAUUAUGCAUCGAGACUGGCUGUGGAGUUGGUUUGUGCUACCACGCUUGAAUACGAUAUAAACCAGCUUGAUGAUCCUGAUGAAUUCGCCCAUAAUAUGGAACGUGUCUUUUAUGUAGCUUCCAGGAGGAUGCUGAACGUGCAUCUACAGUUGGAUGCUGUUUAUCGAUGGACCAAAGAUUACCGUGAGGAACGAGAACUUCGUAAAAUGAUGGAGAGCUAUGCAAUGAAGAUCUACGAGAGUGCAGAGCAAAAAUUCUCAACGCCCAACGAAGCCGAUCAAGACAGAGAAUGCGAAAAAACCAGAACCCUAGUACAGCAGCUUUUUGCAAACAAACAUCGAAAGUUCGAAAAAAUAGAAAUCCUGCACAACAUCUACACAAUCAUCGCUGCCGGAACUGAUACCACGGCAAGUGCAAUGUCCUACACCUGCCUACAGUUGGCCAUGCAUCCCGAACACCAGCAGCGUCUGUACAACGAAAUCAUCGAUAUCUUUCCCGAUGAUUCGGAACCAACCAUCACCCUGGAAGCGCUCAACUGUCUUCCAUACCUGGAAAUGGUUCUGAAAGAGUGCCUACGGCUGUAUCCUGCCGCGUGGAUCAUAAUGCGGGAGAGCACUGCCGAAGUUACGAUCAACGGGCUGCACAUUCCGAAGGGGAACAAGUUUGCGGUGAACAUCUACAGUAUGCAACGAAGGAAGGAUGUUUGGGGACCGGAUGCGAACCAGUUCAACCCGGAAAGAUUCAAGGAGGGUCGUCCCGCAACUUGCCAUCGGUACGCGUUUCUUCCGUUCAGCGGAGGUCGCCGAGAUUGUUUGGGUGCUCGCUACGCAAUGAUUAGCAUGAAAAUAAUGAUGGUAUAUUUACUGAAACAUUUCCGGUUUACAACCACCAUGCGUGAGCAGGACAUACGGUUUCGUUUCGAUGCACUGCUGAGAAUAAAUGGAGGACAUCAGUUGCAAAUCGAGAGACGAUGAAUGUAUCACUUUGAAACUUUGAAGAAUUUGUCUGAUGACGAAACUUGUAUACAAGCACUUUUAUAAACUUGAUAGAAAAAUUACACGUAAAUUUUA